UCAGAGUAGCAUUUCAAGGCCACGCCGACUACCCAGUCGAUAAUACAGACGUGUAUCAGAGACGUACGAAAAACAUUAUCUUUCAACAAAGUUUUCCUUAAUAAAUUGACACAAUUUUUUCAAAUUGGAACCAUCAAGUCUGUCGCAAUAGGACAACGAAGCUGAUUUUUUAAAGUGAUAACUAUCAUGGGGAACAAGACGAAACAGUGUCUUUCUGCGAGGAGGAAAAGUAAACGUAGGAUGUUCAAAAUUAUGCACGCCCGGAAAAAAUUCUUUAAAGCAUUGGGAUUAGUUAGAAGAAAAUCGGAGUCACCACAUAACAAAAACAACAAUCAAGAAACAUUGUUUUGUUGUGAAGAAAAUACCAUUUUUUUGCAAGAGGAUCCUUUGGAUUUUGUGAUUCCAGAAGAAUCUGUUCCUAUAAAUAUAAAAGAAAACACAGUAACUGACCCAUAUGUCCAACAGUUGCACCAUGUUAAGGAGGAGGAAGAAGAAGAAAUACUACCACAUGCAAAUCAAGAUUUAGACCUUGUGGAUUUAAUGUUUCUCGAUUUUUCCAAACGAUUUAAAAUGUUUUCAAACAACAGACAACUUCUCGUUAAAACUAAACUAUCCCAAGUCUUAAGUGAUGCAGAAUUUGAAGAAAUAGAAGAACGACAGUCGCUCAAUUGUAUUUAA